AUGACCUCGCUCGGUCUGUCGACAGGCCUGCUCACGGGCCUCCCGAAUGAUGCUGGGGCGGUCCAGGGCUCUAUCGCUGGGCGCCUCCCCGGGGCAGGCGAGCCUGACGACGAAGGGUUCCUGCACUACACCCGGCCAGAGGGGAAGUCCGGCGGCCAUGGUGUGGGCUGGAGCGAGAUGCCCCGCUACUCCCUGGUCAUCCCCUCGGGCUGGGAGGAGCAGCCCGUGUCCAUCGCCGACCUUGGGGGCACCGAGAUCGACAUGCGCUACUCCAGCCCGGAUGAGGGGGCGCUGUCUGUGGUGGUGGCCCCCAUCCUGCGCUUCCUCGACGUGGGCUUCAAUGCCAACGUCACGCUGAGCGACAUCGGGAGCCCCGAGAAGGUCCUCACAGGCUUCGCCCCCGAGAUCACGGGCAGCCCCAUCUCCGAGGAGGAUGUGAUCCGGGCGGCGACCGAAACCAAGGACGGCAUCCCUUACUACCAAUGGGACGUCAAGCCCCACGUCCUGGUGUCGGCGACUGCGGUGGGGAACCGCGUGUUCCUGCUCACCAUCACUGCCAACGGGCGGCAGUGGCGCAGGGCAGCACCUCGGCUGCGACGGAUGCAGCAGUCCUUCUACGUCCCCCCCCUCGCCGCUUGA